AUUCCGGUUGUAUUACAGCUUGAUGCACAGGAUCCGAGGAAGCGCUUUUGCUGCCAGCAAUGUCUGCUUCUUUAUCUGAAGAAACGGAGUUAAUUGAGAAACAUGAGGAAAUUUUAAGGAGGAGAGCGGAGCUGCUGGAGCAGAUGGAGAGUUGCAGAGAGCAGCAGAAGAUCGAGAGGAGGCAGCAGCUCAAGGAGUGCGAGGCCGCUCGCCUCAGGAACGCCACACUGCUGCAGGAUUUACAGAAGACAGAGGAUCGUCUCAGAGGAAGACAGCUGCCACACCCAAAUCUCCUGGCUCUGGAGACAAGAUACUGGGCGUCUGUGGAAGCAUCUAUCCCAGCCUGGGAGCGCUUCCUCUUGGGUAAAGGCCCACACCCUGCUCACGGUCCAGGGCAGCCACCCAGAAGAGCCAAACCGAAAGCCAGCACAGCUAAAGAUCAGGGCCUGCCUCCUCGCCCCAAACCCAGGACUGCUCGAUAGGUGAGCACUGAUGCUGAUGCUGCCACUGGAGUCGGAGCGACGGCGCUGAUGCUCAGCUGGUGCAGGUGAUCACAGGCCUGUUGAUUCUCAGAGCCCCUGCAUUCAGACCCUCACCAGCAUCCUCAAACCAGGGUUGGAGGAUUUGGUGAAAUAGCAUUUCUCUUAGGAAUGGAAAUGGAUUCAGUGAUACCGACAUUUAAAUGCUAUUAAAGUGAUGGUUCGGAGUAAUUUCACCCUAGGGUCCUUUGCACCAUGACCUCG